GUGCGAGUGUGUGAGCGGCCUCGUCACAGCAUCCACGCAAGAACUAUAAAUGGUGUCGUAUGCCGUCGCCCAAGGUCUUUCACUUGCAACACAGUAGCAUAAAAUCGCGUUCAUCGAUCGAACCUCUGCAAACAACGUGAUACAUACCUACCAGUGUCAGCGCAACUUACCUCAACUCACAACAAGAGACUACUCCAGCCGGACUCGAUAAUAUGUCAGGUAUGGUGAAUAUUUUGCCGAUGCCAGUAGCCGUUGGGUGCUGGGAGUGUCCGGAUUGCGGUCAGUUGCCAUGCUCGUGCGCGCGCGCCCGUCUUGGUGAGCUGGGACUAUCUCAGAUGGAAAUGAUGAACCAUCUAUCUCCACAGCAGUCGAAUUGCACAGGUUGCCCGACCUUUCAUCCGAAGGCUCUGUCACUUUGGAAAUGUGAAAAAUGUGGAGAGACAGUGGAGGAUUCAAAUGUAUGCACUCGUUGCAAAACAACAGGACCUUCGGAACAACAGUGUUGGCCCUUCACAGGGUUGUACUAUUCUGAUCAGCCCUGGCUGAUGCCUGUCACGUUAUCCGACUGGCUGUGCAACUCCUGCGAGGUCUGGAACCGCGCUGGUGAAGACUGCAAGUGUGGCCGGAAGCAAAGCUGAAACUGAGAUGUGUACUUCUCACGCACAGACUG